AGAUUUGUGUUGGUUUUGUUUAAUCCUACACUGGCUCAGCGACAUGACGCACGCGACGUCGACGCACAGGACUCCUCGCUGUCUCGCGUCCAGACGCUCGUGACGCCGCAGUGCUGCUCAACGGCUACCGGAGACGCUUUGCUGAAAAAUGCUCCCGUUAUCCAUCAAAGAUGACGAGUACAAGCCUGCCAAAUUCAACCUGUUGGUCAAGAUAUCGGGCUGGUUCAGAUCAAUUCUUGCCGAUAAAACCUCUCGCAAUCUGUUUUUCUUCCUGUGUUUGAACCUGUCGUUCGCGUUCGUGGAGCUGCUGUAUGGCAUAUGGAGUAACAGUUUAGGUUUGAUAUCCGAUUCCUUUCACAUGUUCUUUGACUGCACCGCUCUCCUGGCAGGCCUUGCAGCAUCGGUCAUUUCACGGUGGAGGUCCAAUGACUCCUUCUCAUAUGGGUAUGUCAGAGCAGAAGUGCUCGCAGGAUUCGUGAAUGGCCUUUUCCUCAUCUUUACCGCCUUCUUUAUCUUCUCAGAAGGAGUAGAGAGGGCGCUGGAACCCCCUGAUGUGCACCAUGACCGUUUGCUCCCGGUGUCUAUAGCAGGGCUGCUGGUGAAUCUUGUAGGAAUAUUCAUUUUUCAACAUGGAGGACAUGGACAUUCACACGGUGGUGAAGGUCAUGGCCACAGUCAUUCUCUAUUUAAUGGCAGUGUGGGACAUGGACACAGUCAUGAAGCCCACGGACACAGUCAUGAGUCCAAACACGAUCACGGGCAUUCACACGGAGGACACGGACAUUCACAUGGAGGACAUGGGCAUUCACAUGACGAUCCCCACUGCCAUGAUGACCACUUGCACACACCGGGAAAAGGCUCCAGCAAGCAGAUAUUACAAGGAGUUUUUCUCCACAUUGUUGCGGACACGUUGGGCAGUGUCGGUGUCAUCAUAUCUGCCAUCCUAAUGCAAAAAUACGACCUGAUGAUUGCCGACCCCAUCUGCUCCAUGCUCAUCGCGAUUCUCAUAGGAGUGAGUGUGGUUCCUCUGCUCAGGGAAUCCAUAGGGAUCUUGAUGCAACGGACGCCUCCUUCUCUGGACCAUACCCUUCCUGAAUGCUACCAAAGGGUCCAGCAGCUUCAGGGUGUCUAUAAUCUCCAAGAACCUCACUUCUGGACCCUUUGCACAGAUGUGUAUAUUGGUACACUCAAACUUCUUGUGGCACCCGACGCAGAUUCUAGAUGGAUUCUCAGCCAAACGCACAACAUUUUUACACAGGUUGGCGUCAGACAACUGUAUGUUCAGAUUGAAGUGGCAGCCAUGUAGAAGUCCGCCACACUUCUCCUGAUCUUUGGGAGUCCUGGGACCAAAGGCCUUCUGUGCUGCUGUGGGGAAAUUCUCCACCUCAACCCAUCUCUCUUUGGGUUUCUGUCGCUCCACUUCCAUUUUGGAUCAAGAUGGAGCUGAUGCAGUCCAGCAGUCUGACUCCACUCUUACCAGAAAACAACUGACCAGCUACAACAAUGUAAUGGUUUUGAGGGAAGGAAGAACUUGCAACAUUGGUGCACCCACUCAAUCAUUUGAACUUUUUUUUUUUUUUUGGAAGUUCCCCAAUUCUUUUGAUUUUUAUAAUCAUGACAAACUGUUUCUUUUCCUCAUAAUUGCUGCCCUUUUCCAUUAUUAGAAUGGGGUUUUAAUUAUUGAAUGUGGAGUUCAGUGGACAUUUGUAAAAAUAGCAGUAUGUGAUUCAUUGACUUUUUGUAGUUCACCUGCUUUGAUUUUCAGUUGCACAGUUGUAAAGAAGAGCAGAAUUUUUCGCCAAUGCCAUUAUGUAAACAAACAUUUGUCUGCAUUUCUUAAGUGCCUUUUUAAAAAUGAUCAUGGACAAUCGCUUGGACCAUCAUGUUUGAUGGUCAACAUGAAUGCGAUGAAAACUGGAUCUUUAUGACCUUGAGUUCUGUCUACAUUAAAACAUUCCUUUGCAUAUGG